AAUCCAUUAUCGUCGUCAGCGUCAUCAUUGAGAGCUGUAGCCAUAGGCCGUAUAGCAUAUGGUUGCUUCUACACACCAAGCCACAUCAUAACCUUCACCCCUACUCGCUCUUUCUCCCACCUUCUCCAACUCCAACUCCGCCGCCGCCGCAGCACAGUCUCACUCCUCCGACCAACCACUCUCUCCUCCUCCUGUCCUAGUUUCCUCACGGGGAAUUCCCACUUCUGCGGCAUGGCGUGGCUCUUGUCCGGGCGUGGAAUUCAUGAUAGCAAGGCAAUGGUGGAGGGUUUGAAAAGUUAUGGAGUGAUUAGUUCUAGUAAAGUUGCUGAAGUGAUGUGGAGUAUUGAUAGGGCUCUGUUUGUGCCUGAAGGCAGCUCAGCUUACGAUGACUCGCCCAUGUCGAUCGGUUAUAAUGCCACCAUUUCUGCACCUCAUAUGCAUGCAACAUGCCUGCAAUUGUUGGAAAAGAAUUUGCAGCCUGAUAUGCAUGCUUUGGAUGUUGGUUCUGGGACGGGAUAUUUGACAGCAUGUUUUGCAUUGAUGGUUGGGCCAAAAGGUCGAGCAGUGGGAGUAGAACACAUUCCGGAGUUGGUCUCUUCCUCAAUUGAGAAUAUUCAAAAAAGUGCAGUAGCACCAUUACUGAAAGAAGGGUCCCUCUCAGUGCAUGUCGGUGAUGGAAGGCUAGGUUGGCCAGAAUUUGCACCUUAUGAUGCUAUUCAUGUCGGGGCAGCCGCUCCAGAAAUACCACAAUCACUUAUUGACCAGUUGAAGCCUGGAGGCAGAAUGGUGAUUCCUGUGGGGAAUAUCUACCAGGAUUUAAAGGUCGUGGACAAAAACAUGGAUGGUUCCGUAAGUAUCCACACUGAAACUGCAGUUCGUUAUGUUCCACUCACAAGUCGAGAAGCUCAGUUGAGAGGCCUUUGAGGCCUGCCGAUGUGUUUCACUUGGAACUUGGAAAUCAUGUCCCUGGUCUAUUUUCACUAGAAUCCUGGAAAUCUGUAUAGUUGUUGCUAUGGCUUUCUCUUAAUGGAUUGUUGAACUUCUGGUUUUGUCACUGUAAAUUUUGUCGCGGUGAACAAUAAAUGUUUAGUUACCUGGUA